AUGACAACAACAAUUAAUACACCACAUAAAUUAAUUAAAAAUGGUAUUGAAAUUGGAGAUUGGGUAAUUCAUACAUCAAAGAAUCCAAUUUUAAAAUCAACAGAAAAAGAAGAAUGGGAGAAAGAGUUGGUAUUGAAUGGAUUACCAGAGAUGGUAUAUGGUAAUAAUUUUAUUAGACUUUCAAAUGAAAAACGUGAUAUUACAAUCGUUUUCAAUUGUAUGGAUGCUUUGAAAAUGUUGGAUAAAGUUGCUGAUCAAUCAAUUAAAGUUUCAUCUUCAAAGAAAUGGGAAGAAAUUAAUAAAGGAUUUGAAGGUCAAAUUGAAAAAUCAUUUGAGUGGACCUUUUCUUCACCAUAUACUGGUACAAUUUUAACACGUGGUCAUUGUUAUUCAAAUUUUGAAAAACCAAUUGGAUUAUUUGAAAACACAACCGAAAAAAUUGAUAUUGAAAAAUUAAAAAGACCUGACCCAAUUUUAUUUUUUGACGAUGUAUUAUUAUAUGAAGAUGAAUUGGCUGAUAAUGGUAGUUCUAUGUUAUCUGUUAAAAUUAGAGUUAAUAAUGAAUCAGUGUUUUUAUUAUCAAGAUUCUUUUUAAGAGUAGAUGAUGUAAUUUGUAGAUGUUUAGAUACAAGAAUUUAUCAUGAAUUUGGAAAAGAUUAUUUACUCAAAGAGGUUACUUUUAAAGAAUCAAGUUUUGAUAUUAUUAAACCUUAUAGUGAAAAUGAUCCAACUUUGCUCACAGAUUCAAAUUUUAUAGUUUCAAAAUUACCAAUCAAAUCUUUAACAACUGAAAAAAUUUUAUUAUCUUAUAACGAUAAUAAAUAA